CGCGGCGCUCUCACUCCUUCGGCGGCGAGAGUAAAUGCGCCGGACUGUUUUUUAAUGAGAUGCCAAUCAUAUGGUCGCAAUCGCGUAUCCCCCGAGCUAACCCACGCGACCGCGUUCUUGUACGCACCGUGCGAAUUGUGUAACGUACCCGUCGUGGCAGGUGGCGGUGACCGUUCGCGAUUUAUCUCGCGCUUGUCGCGGUGACAAUAACUCAUUCCGGAAGCUUUCCGACCGUGUGAUGGUGUAAUGCUCCCGAAGAUAUCAUACAUCCCCACUGGUUCACUCCGAGAUAGUUCCCAGAUCGUGUUUUUGUCCAGAAACAGGGUAGAAAAUGUCAGAACCAGAGGAAAGCUUGGCAGCCCCGGAUAGCACCACGAGGGAACAGCGGGUUGGUUUCUCCCAUGGAGAUGACGUCCUUCAACACAAAGAUGGCAAAUACUACCUUGGCACAGUUGUGGAGGUGGAUAUGGCGAGGGAAAGAUGUCUUGUCAAAUUUAUGGACAAUACGUCUUCCUGGUCCUCGUUUAAAGAGCUGACAAAGUUGGCUAUGCCAGACUCGGAUGUUAUGUGUGUUCUUUGCAAAAAAUCUCAGCCUAAGAAUGACGAUGACAUUAUAGUUUGUGACAAAUGUGGCCGUGGCUAUCAUCAAAAGUGUCAUGAGCCUCAAAUAAUGAAACAAGAUGGAGGCACAGAUGCUCAAUGGAUGUGUAAAAGAUGUACAGAUAGCCAACCACGGGUGCGUGAACAAUGUGAACCAAAAACUUCUAUGGUUAAAGCAAAUAUCAGAAAAGUUUGCAGCGGUAGGGACCAACCUGAACCACCACCGGAUGACAUGACAAAGCUGCCGUAUGAUCCUAAUAUGUUAAAUUGGGAUGCACAUCACAGAGUAAACGCUGAACAAAUUUAUUGUUAUUGUGGUCUUAAUGGUGAAUGGUAUGCACAGAUGUUACAAUGUGCUCGUUGCAAGCAAUGGUUUCAUGAAAAAUGUCUCAGAUGCUUGACUCAGCCCUUAUACAGUGGUGAUAGAUUCUAUGUAUUUGUUUGUUCAAUGUGCAAUAACGGGAAAGAAUUUGUUCGGCGUUUGGAAAUGAAAUGGGUAGAUCUGGUGCACCUGAUGUUGUACAAUCUGACUGUUUAUAAUGCUAAAAAGUAUUACGACUUGGACACCGUUAUUGUACCUUACGCAAAUGAUAAUUGGCUCACCUUACAACUCCCACAACGGAUUAGAGAUGUUACUGGUCAAAUACGCAGAGAAUCUAUAUUGGCAAUAUUGACAAACAACAGAAGCAGGUUCAAGUGUGGUAGAGAGAUAAAGAAACGUACUACAAUAUGGGGUCUGCGUGUCAGACUACCACCACCUUGUCCAGUCGUCAGUCUUCCAGAAACUGGCGAUAUAGAUGAUAGUGUAUUACGCAGUUGUUGGGGUGCUAAUAAAAGACUGCAAUAUCUUCCUCCACAAAUAGGAUUGCCAAAAAGUACAAAAUCGAACACAUUGGAAAUGGCUGAGAAUGUAGAAAUUGCUGUGAAUCCUUCAGACCUAAUAAUGCGAGGGACAAUUUAUCAGAAUUCAGAAGGAGAGCAAAGUUCGGGUCAAAGUGCAAGUCCGAACAAUCAAUCUACACAAUCCUUAAGAGAGAGGUAUAGUGGUGGCGGUUUUGUAAAAAAAUCAUUCCCAUUCCCUAAGUUGAGUCUACAAAGAAGACGUCGUUUAAUGGCAUUAGGUAGUACAAGAGAAAGAAUGUUACGUAAACAUAAAAAGAGGGAGAAAGACAAAGAUGCUGCCAUGGGAAAAUCGCAAGGAGUUCGGGAAGCAAGAUAUAGGAAAGCAAGGAAAUUACUGAAGAACGCCAUUGCCAAGAGCAAGUCGCGAAGUUCAGAAGCAUCCGAUUUACCUCCGACACCUCCAACUUCCGUUUCCGGGCCACCGACGCCACCAGCAACAACAUCAGGUAUGUUAGAGCUGUCCGUGCCUAGCUCCGUGGAUUUAAUACAUCCUAUGCCACCCUCGACACCUGCCGACACAAGCGGAGACGAGACCAGUUCAAGAGGAACUCUCGACUCCUUUAUUCCACCGCCCAAAGAUUUUGAAGGAAAAAAUAAUCCGUUCAGAAAUCUUAGUGAUAUAGUGGGCACGCCGGUGGGUAGUCUUAAUCAACCGAAUUCGAGUACGCCGUUAACUUACAAUCCGUGUCCCAUUACCUUGCCUCUACCACUGACGCCUGUGAUCCCGCAACCGCCUGUGGUAGCCAAAAGGCAGCUAUCGGAGAAGGAUAUAAUCGUCGACAGGAAUGGUCAAGUGAAACGCAGAAGACAGCAUCGACGAGGACGUCCAUCUCAACAGCAGAUGCAGCAGCAAUUCCAACAAACCGCCAGUAAGACGGCAACUAUUCUGCCAGCUCGUAAUAAUGAAGUUAAAAGUGAAUUCGCCAGGAAUUUAAGAAGUUCAUUUAAUGGUGCCUCGGCAAGUGCGAAUAGUCAAAUUGGAAACUGUGUCGAUUAUGCCUUAAACGGUAGGAGGUUGAGACAGCGGAAUAACGAAAAAUUACCUCCUCCCGAGCCGCAGCCGCAACGGAAGGGCAACAUGUCAUCAUCGCCAAAGUGUUCGCCAGUGAAGCAAAGUGCGCCUGACAUAUCUCUGGAUGAGCUGAAGUCGUCAGUGAAUAUUUACUUCGGCGCGGCUAAUAGAAUAGCCGCUGGUGAAAAGUUCGUCAUCAAAGCGAAGAGGAUAAGGCCGGACGGUCAGAUACAAUACCUCAUCGAAUGGGAGGGACUCAAUACUUAACGGUAAAUAAAUAAUCAGCUUACGACGAAAUGUAUUGCAAUCGUAUACAAAGUUUAAGUUGACAUCAAGCUAAGUAAGGCAACGAUUAGCUGCCCGAACUCUUGUAAUUAAUUCUCUGUGUUUUACAGCGAAAAAAAAUUGUGACCUUUUGUUUUGCGUCACAUAUGCACUGCCACUUGUUAAGUACAUUUUAUAACAAAAAAAAUGUGACGCAUUUAUCAGUGUAGAAUAUGCGAAUGUUCUUGUAAAUGUAAAGCUAUAUUUCGUUGAUCCAUUAACGUAAUUCUUGUUAUACUCUGUUUUUAUGGCGAUCGAUGAGUUUCAUUGCCAAUUGAUGAAUUUGCGUCGUCACUGGUUUCAAGUGAAAUUCCUUCGAUCAUCCGUCAAAUAGUGCGUUAUAUCAUCUCGUGAUAUCAGUCCAUUCGAAAAGAAACUGUGAAAUGGCACUAUGAAAAGGUAUACCGUCCGUGUUGAUUCUCCAACACGUAUAUCUUGCUCUCGUGUAUGCAUUCAUUUGAAAGUGAGUGAAUGGAAAUGCUCGUUUAAGAAACGUUUACAAGAACAAUCUGGUUUAUUGCUUAUUGAUUGUAAAUAGUGUAGCAUAGUAGACUUGCGGAAAGAAUCAAUGAAUGUAAGCUGCGUGAAAGGGAAAUUUCGCGAGCUUUACAUCCAUCACCCAAUGGAAAAAUUGGCCAAUUUUCCCUCAAUAUUGGGAAUAAGUCUUGAGUAUGACGAUAAAGGAGAAAGUGGAUUGAAACAGACAGUUGUUCCUCUCACUUGAGCUAACGUAUUAGCGAAUGUUGACGAUUGAUAGUAAAAAAGUAAAAAACAAAGCAGACAUCCUGCGCAAAGGAUUAUUUUUCAAUACACUCGUAGAGGUAGUCUCCGGCUACUGUAACUUCAUUGUCUUGUACUACAUUUUUACUUGCAUUUUCGUCGACGACAAUACGACACGAAUCAAAAUUCCAUCUCAAGAGAUGAAUUUAAUAUCUAUUGCUGUGCAAUUAUUUUACGUUCAUGCUCAUUCGGUAAAAUAACAUUGCACACGUUAAAAAUAUAUAGUGUUGUGCAACUUUAUAUCAAUAUUUUAUAUAUAUUAUAAUUAUAUUAUAAAUAUAUUUCUCACACAGACCACAGACUUUUUAAAGCGGUGUAUCUGAGACGAUGAAGAUGCAGACCUAGCAUUGCUCAUUAUUAUACAAGACUAAGAAAAAAAACGAUAUACCUAUUUCGUACCGUAUGAAAUUGAAAAAUGAAUCGUUCGUUGAAUAUGUAAGUAAUUGGCCAAGUUAUCUGUGCAAAAACGAUAUUAUGAAAUUACGACUAGAACAGUUUCAUCGAGUAUACCAAUACGUGAGCUCAUUGUCGUGUUGUAGUGGCACGUUGUAAAGACGAUCUUCGUGCACUGAACAGCUAGAACAUUAAAAAAAAGAAGAGGAAAAAAUAAACAACUGCAAUUGUACAUACAUAGAAUUUGUAUUCGAGAGAAGCAGUCACGUAGCACACAGUCUAGACAUGGUAGUAGUCGAUAAAUGUAACAGUGUCACAAAUUCUCUUACGCGAUAAUUUUUGAUACAGAUUAUUUUAUACAACUCUGGAUCCUGCUGGGAUUAUUGUGUAUAAGACGCAUUUUUGUACCUCAGACUGCACAGAAUCUAUGGUCAUAACUUACUAAUCAGAAAAUAUCGGAAGCAACUAUAUAAGCGUUACGAUGUGUAGACAUUUUUGCAGUAGCCGUCGUUAGAAUAUCAAAUCAAAAGGAGCUUAUUAGAAGGAAUUAAUCAACAACACGGUUUCCGUCUACGACGAAUUAUUCGACAUUCACUUUUGCGCUUGAGAUUCUUUUUUGUAUUUUACGAGUACACAAGCUCACCUCAUUGCGACGCAUUGUUAACGGGAAACUAGCAUGACAUACAGAUUCGUGUUUCUUACUUGUUUGUUACGCAAAAAUUUGCAUGCAAUACAAAUCUUUUGCCUAUGAUCUUGUAACUAAUAUAACUAUUUUUUUAGAGUGCUUUAAUACACCUAUUUCUCGUCAAAUUAUUUGAGUUCACUGGAUAAAAUGGAGUUACUAAUUAAAUUAUGCUAUCUUAGGUAGAAUUUCGUGCGAGUUUCCCAGUUUAUUAAAAUGACGAAUCUAGAUGAUGAUCUAUCAUGCUUGGCUCGACUUAUUUAUAAAAUAAGUACUCAUUACCACUAUUUAUUUAAAUUUCCAAAUGCAAUGGCAUGUUUGCAUUUUUUAUUUCAUAGAAGAGGCUCAAGGCAAUCUGAGGCCACUGUGGUAUGAGACGAUAAGUUCUUUUACUUGUUCUUUUUUUCUUUUUACUAUACUUUUAGCAAAACAUUACUAAGAAAUGUCAACCAAAACUUCGCGAAUCUUCCUUUCACCGUAAGAGGUCUUUUUAGUGAAUAGUUUUGAUAAAAUUUAUACUAUACUAAGUUUUGUAAUUCUUUCUUUCGACUGUGAGAAAUGUUUAUGUUUUGUAUGAGUAUUUCUUGUAUCGUUCAUAAUGUAUUCAUUUUCGACGUUGUUUAACACUUUGACUACCACGAUAUAUUCGAGUGUCAGUUCCAACCAAGCCCAAAUUUUCCGGCCAUCGUGUGCAACGCUAUAUAGUGUGUGUACAGAGUUAGAUUACUUAAAGAAACCAAUGGAAAAAUAAUUGAUGUAAUUCAAUUGGUUAAAAUACGCCAACACGACGUUACAUCGAGGUUUGCAUCGAGGGCCGGUGAUUAGCUUGUCGUCACUAAGAAACAAUGUCUUGACACUGUAAAAAUACAAAUGUCAUUAAUUUAUUAUUUCAUACUUUAUAUUAAUGUAGAUACAGCAAAUUGUAUGAAACAACAGCUUUACCAUAUAAUUUAUCGAUAAAUUGUUGCAUAACAUUUGUUGAUCAUUGAUCAAUUAUUGAUCAGCUGUGACGAAGCGAUAUGAAAUGAAUGAUAUGAAAGAUGUUCCUGGUAUCGUUUCGUCCUUAAGCACUUACCACAGACAAAAUUAACGCAUAAUGAUUAUAUUAUCGAUGAGUCGUAUGUUAAUAAUGAUUAAAAUUAUAUUGUAUUAUUUGAAUCACUUUCAAGUAAUAUAAUUGGUAUACCAAAAAUGAUAAAAAGCAAUAAAUAAAUGAGAUAAAUUGAUUCUAAGUAAAUAAAAUCGUCACUUAAAUAUUGGUUAACGUGACAGUCAAAGUGCUAAAGAUUUUUUACUUUAUGUAAAUUAAUAAUCGCGCUUUCACACAUAGUUCUAGCAGAUUUUAGGAAAAUCUUUGAUCCAUACCACAGCACAUUUUAUAAAUAUCUCUUUCUCUAUGAACGUAGAUAAUAUUUGACGAGAACAAGAAAUAGACACUGCCAAAUUUCUAAGUUAUAUUUAAUAAAAAAAAGAAAAAACGCGUUAGAUAAUGCUGCGCUAUUAUAUAGUAAUGUUUAAUUAAAUGAAAUUUUUUCAAUUCGCACUUAUCGUCGCUUGUCAGAUUCCAUACUUCCAUACGUGGCGAAUGCCAAGUGGAAGACUCGAGUACAAGAUUUGGUGGAGACUCGUUAUUGAUUUGCGACGAAAUUUCGCAACGAACCAUUUCAUACGUGCAUGCAUACGCAUCCAGCAAGUUUCUAUAAAAAUGAAGUAUAAUAUAAACUCACGAUACUCUAAAUUUUCCAAAGUGAAAUUUUAUUGAAAAAAUGUAGUGACUGUCGAGCCACUCGAAUUCAGAUGAUUUUUCACUCGUAUAGAGGGUGAAUCGUCAGCUGAAUAUUUUUAUCCGAAAUUCAAGGGCGAAAUCUAAUCCAUCAUCAUGGGAACAAAUUCACUCAGUAUCAAGCUAUUCCUUAUCCUGAUCAAGUGGACUGAAAUGUUCACAAAAUAUUCACUAAAGAAGGACCUCUCAAGAGCAACUCGGCAUCGGGUCGUUCCUCCCUGAUGAAGGAAGUAUUUUCAAUCUCUGUUCGAGUGAAUUUUUCCUCACUUGAAAUGAGAUUUUACUUCGAGAAAUUUAGAGUACAGAUACAAUUCUCCGCAAUCGAUGUAAGAGGUGGCGUAGGGGAGGAGUGUAACACCUCGAUAGGCUUAUAUUUAGUUUGAAAUCUGGCAAAUCAGAAUCAGUCUUAUCACGGAGUGAUCUUUGAUUGUACGACGAGACACUUCAUGAGAUCUGGAAUACGAAGUGAGAAAAGACACUCACUUUCGCAAUCUGUAUUCUUCAUUUUUUUCGAUCAGCCCGUUCCUUUUAUCUGAUCCGAUAAAACAAAGUACAACAACAGAGAUAACGAAAUAUUUUGCCGAUAGUAUAAAAUUUAUUGAAACUGUAGCAGCACGUGUGACGGCAAAAAGCGGGUGAAUCUUGCAGCGCUUUCUUGAAAUCGCUAUAAUUCGGGAAAUAAAACUAGAUAAUCGAGACUCGUGUAACAUUUUCUCUCUUUCUUGUGUUUGUCACUCUAAUAGAUCGAAAUAUAUGUCUCGAUCGUAGACAUAUAAGAUAGACUCAGCAUAUUGUGCACUUCCUUGUGACAUAUAUCAGGUUCGAUAAAACAGAGAGCGAAGCAAAACAUCGGUGAAUUUCUUCACUCUGUUGCGCGCACAUUAUUGAAAAUAAUGGUCGGUAGGUGACAAUAAUAACCCAAAUGUAUCAUAGAAUAUCAUGAAUAAUUAUGUGAGUUUUAUUUCAUAUUUUCUUUGAAACAUUAUUUAUUUAAUUAAACGUCAAUGUUAUUAGACUAAAUUAGACUUUCAAUAAUUAAAUAGACUUUAAAUAAUGAAAUAAUUUAAUCAUGCAUAAAUCUUUAACGAGAAUCUCUGCCAUGAAACUAUCAAAAGACGGUUACACAUUCUAUCUACGCAGAUCAAAACAGAAAAGUUCCCUUGUAUAUCGCCUCUCUCUCUGUUUUGCCAAAGACAUGCAUGCUGUAGUCUACUUUAUAUGUCUAUGGUCUCGCGACCAUCGAAAUAAUACAAAAUACUCGUCCCAUAUUCGAGACUUAUCAUCGUACGAUCAAGACACACCGCAUAUUCCAAACACGUUUUUUUCUCAAAACAUGAGAAAACGCGUGAAAAUAUAUUUGCCAAAAUAUAAAGCUAUGGCAACUGUUGGGGAACUAUUUUGAAUAGAUCUUAGAUCGGAAUAAUUUCGUUUUCCCCAUAAAACACAAUAGAGAAAGUCGAUAACGAAAUCCAUUCCGAGCAGUUCCACAACAGCUCCCCAUGAUAUUUCCAAAGUAUACAAGCUUCAGCUUCCCCUUCGCCACUUCCCCUCGAAUAAAUGGGAUUAAAAUGAUACGAGGGAGUCUCGUCAGCGAUCCGUUGUCGCUUGUUUCCUUCUAUCGCAAGUGCUUAAAUAGAAUAAACAAACGAAAGUUCACCCUCGAGUGAACGUGCGUGUAGAUCGAGCGUGUCCCUUUUUAUAAUUGCGCGAUGUUUUGUACGUGAGUUUUACGUAUGAUUUCCGCGUGUGCGAUAGGACGAUCCUCGUAGUCGUCGGAAGAGAGAGAGAGAGAAGUCAGCCGUUCGGGUGUCCCUUCGGAAGCGUCGCGCGAGAGUUCAAGUUCGAAAGACCACUGUAACGCCGCGGUCGAGCUCGCGUCUCUCUCGUUGAGUUUGUCGCCGGCGAUAACGGUCGUCUGCCGCUUUGCGAACUGCAAGAAUGAUCUAGUUAAUUAUUGCGUGAUGACCGCGGCUUGAAGACGGGAUGGAACCAUGUGUGUGGCGAGCGAGAUAUACAGGCAGACCUAUUCUGUAAUCCUUUAACGCGUGCGUUACGAAGUUCGCAACGAAUGCCUUAAGAUUAUCUAUUCCAUCGAUACGUUUUAAUUAAUCACGUUGGCAACGUCGACUUCGCGUUAUGCUAUUUACAAAUAGUGGCAAAUUGUAUUCUGUAAGCUGAUUCAACACGAUUCCUAAGGCAUUUGCUAUCGUUACAUAACAAUGCAGCGCCCACCGGUUGUAGGACAGCACUAAAUGUUGCAAUGAGAUAGCUGCCUUUGUCAUAUUGCAAAGAUCAGUAAUAAGUGAUUCUUCCAUUACGCAGUCACUAUAGUUCACUUCAUGGAAAAUUGUUUCUUCCCCACGACAGUUUAUUUAGCUCUCCUAUUUUUCAAUACACUAAUUCGCUAUAAUUCAAUACACAAAGAACCCAAAUUUGUGUUGCGAGAUUAUGUCUAAAAGUUUCUGAGGAAAAUGUUUGUGCCAAUGAUGGAAAUCUUAGAUGAUGCAAAAAAGGAAAACAUGAAACAAAACUUAGCUAAAAUAAGAACAUUGUGAGAUAAUGUUAAUGCUUUCUUGUGGAUAUCUUCAAGGACUUAUCACUGCCGAUCGUCACAUUGCUCUGUCGAAAUAGUUGUAGAUUAUGAUUCGAAAGUUUCAUUCUAAUUUGCUCAUGUGACGUCCUCACUUCUCUCGGCUUCCUUCUCGUCCAUUAUGUCAUAUUUCCGAAAAAAAACCUAUGAACAGGAGACAAUGCAAAGCACAAACACGGCAUACAGAAUACAAUUUCCGCGUCCAUCGACAUGAAUAUCGACAUGAAAUCUGGAUGGAGCAUAUAAUAUCAAUUAAGCCUAAUCCGCAAUGUACUCUUUGUGUUUUGUUUCAUUAUUUCUUUCUUUCGUUUCUUGUCUUCUUAUCACUUAGAACCAAGGAACGUUGUCAUGUAUAAUUUCUUCUCUUUGAGGAAAAGUGUCACUUUGCAUUGACCAAUCAGAAUAAGUCGUUUUAGUUAAGUAAUAGAGUGACCAACCUUUAACUUCACUGAUUUCAUAGUGUCUCUUGUGUCUUUCGUUAUCGUCGCUUCGAGAUAAAAGUUAACGAGCUCCAGAAAAAACAAAAGACACAAUUGUCGGUAAAACAGUACAUCGAGAAGUAAAGACGCAAGAAAUAAAAAAUAGAAAACAGAAAGUAAAGAGCACAUUGUAGACUAGGCUUUAAGAGGAGGAGAUGCAUUUUCGGUAAAGGGAAAAUUAUGUAGUACUUCGGGUCAGUCGGUUCAUCAUCAUUCGGCUUAAUCGUGGACAAAAAGAUUGGCUGACUUUUUCUAAUAAAUUUUGGAACGUAUCCAAAUCCAUCUUAUCCAAUGGAAGAUUUUGCUUUUAAAUGGGAAAAUUCUCCCCAAACAGAUGCGUUCUUAAACACAAAAACUAACACAAAAAUAGCGGACAACGAUCAUUUUUUUCUGUUCACGAUUAUACAUACUUGCUUUGUUUAUAUAUAUUCACUGGCAUGAAUGCAUUGUCAUUAACUAGGAUUCAUUCAGCGCUGCAAGUGUUUCUGAGCAACAGAUAGAAACCAAUCAUAUUGAUUUACGUGACGCUUUGAAGCAAUUGUGUCAAACAGACCGUGGCUUUUAUUACAAAAAUUUGAUACCAAUUGAAUUCUCUUCUAGAUAGACGUUCCUCAUGCCGGUUGACUAAAAGUAAAAGCGAGGGAGAUUUUCAAAAUCAGCUGGAACAUUUCGAGAGCUUGACGUUUUGUUUGCGUCAGCAGGAAAGAUUAUCUAAGGAUAGUCAGAGAGAACAAUUUGCAAAAAAUUAAUUCAUAUACUAUUCAUAUACUAAUAUUUAGUUUCUUUAAAGCUCCCGGUAUCUCGCCAGGGCCAUCUUGAUUAAUGACGUCAAAAACGAGAAAACCCAUGCCCAAAAUUCUUGCUGAAAUAAAAGGAUAUGUUCAUAACAUUCUCUUGGACCGACUUUUGGAAUCAAUUGAACACAUUUGUCGAACAUUUCAAAAACGUUCCUUUUGCUCCAGCAAGCAAUAAAUCGUGAAAUUAACAUGACAUGCAACCAUCUUUUUUAAUUUAUCUUUUCUCAUGAUUUUGUCUCGUUAAUUGUAUGGCUACUGAUCGUCAAGGGAAAACAAUCCAGCAAGCACAAUUAUAUAGUUGUUACAUUGUCGUAAUAUAACGAAAUACAUCAACACUAUAACAUGUAAUUUACAAUAUAACAUGUAAUUUACAAUAUAACAUGUAAUUUACAUGUAUAUUACACAUGUAUAUUACAUGUAACAUACACAUUAGUUGCAAUUUCCUGCUCAAACGAUAUUACAGAUAACAAAAAUAUAACUUGUAACAUGUUACAUAACUGUUAUAUUAAUUACUACAAGAUUAUAUAAUAGUUAUACAUCAAUAUCAAUUAUGCUUAAACGUGAUGUGGUUGAAAUAUAAUUUGUACAUCUCUCAACACACACUAUAGAUAUGUAAUUGAAUGCAGCAGUUAGCAAGCUGUUCAGUCAAAUAUCAACCAGAAAAAAAGUAUAUUUCCAAAAAAACUGUUAUGAAAUAAUUAUUUCAUAACAAAAGUAAUAUUUAUAUUAAAUCUAACAAUAUAAAAGAAUUUUGCCAUCUUAGAUUCGAUUAGCUAUUACAAUUUAUUAAUUCCCGUCUCCAUACAUGAAUUUCAAUGGAAAGGAUUAUUACUGUGACAGUACUAAUCCUUACCAAUUACUAUUAAUGAAAAGAGCAUCACAGUUGUAAAAAUAUACUACACAGCACAAAUUUUGUAGUAUCAUGAUUAUUGUUCAUAAGAACGGUGAUUACAUUAUUAACAUGUAUAAAUACGUUAAAGCAUGAUAUUUUAUAUAUGAGAAAUAUAUGAGAUAUCAUUUAACAGAAAAUACAUAUAAAAAAUGUUAUUUAACAUGUUAUAUUUAAGUUAUAUUACUGUUAUACUCAGAAUUGCUAUUAUAACCAAUAAAUCACGGACCAAUAUAACAGUUUUAAAAGAUAUAUAAAGUCAUAUUGCAGUGGUAUAAAAGUAGAUUAUGGAUAACCUUAAUAUUAGAAUUAUGUAACACCUCUGUUACAUUACAUGUUACUUCUAUAAUACACGUGUAUAUAUAGUAACAAUAUCCUGUUUUUACUGGAGAAAAUUUUCGAAAGAAUAUUUCAUGUGCUCAAUCGCGAUCACUAGUGUCAUUUUAUGAAUGCUUUUAUUUCGACGUAUUCUGUAAGAAUUUUUGGCGUACGUUUCCUCGCUUCCAACAUAAUUAAUCAAGAUGGUUGUGACGAGGACACGGGAGUUUUAAAUACAUAAUCACUGAAUUUUCUUGAUGAAAGAGAGAUUGUAUGGAAGCGAAUUAACCUUCCUUUCUCUUUGAUGACGUAAAGAAAACAUCAAAUUGUCAAAGUAUACAUCUUACAAUACAUUAGCACUACAUCUCUUAUGUGAGAUUUAAAGACAAAAAUUGAUGGAUAGCUAUAUUUCUUUCACAAGCAUUCCAUCUUUGUAUAGUUUAACUCCUAUUGAAAAAAGCUAGACGAAACAUUCAACAGGAAUCAAGCUAGAUAAAAAAAAAUCGAAUGCCUCCACUAAGGACAGCCUUUUUUUGGUCUAGUCUUCGCAGCCUCUCGUGAAAUUCAGGUUAUAUAUGUACGUCUAUGGUGGACUUACGACAUAUUGACGUAGCAAAUUUUUCCGAAAAUACUACAUAUUUCAGUUUGUUGCAAACAUUACAGUUCUAGCGUAAAAUGAAGCCGAAUAUAUCUGAAAAAACCGCGAUGAAGUUACCCGAAAUAUUAUGACUUUCUCUUACCACUAAUUAAACCUUCCCCUCGUAGAAUGCUUUGUGGAAUGCUUGUCUAUAUACAGUAGGACCAUGUUAUAAGUCCUCCUGCUAUUAGUCCUUUCCCCUCUACGUCUAUUUUCCUAACACUAAUUAGUUUCCUCCAUAUUACUGCUCACUAACUAUUUCUCAACAUAACUCUGCACGCACACAUGCUUGAGUUUGCGCAUACAGUCGGCAGAGAUUAGACUUCAGCGCUAUUGGAGAGAAGGGUCUCGUUAAAUGUCCGUCUUAUAUUCCUACAAUCCCAAAAUUUGACUUACAACGAGCUUCUAUUGUAUGCACAUAUCGAUGCUGCAUUAUACAGGGUGUAUAAUCGAUAAUAUCAGCUGACAGCGAGAAGUAUGCUUCAUUUUCGGCGCACAGCCCUGUAUCACACGCCGGUCGCUAUCAUUUAAUGUCUGCUAUUGUCCUAGGUGAUCCUAAGAAGUAAAACAUCUCUCUUACAAAUUGGAAGUCAUCUUUCUCUAGACAUGCCUAUAGAGUCCGUCCUAUCAUUUCCCAUGCGCAUAUUCGCUUUCAAAUAUUGUUUAAUUAAUUUCUUAAUAAUUAUUGCGAAAUUUACAAAGUAGCUUCCAUGUUCAGCUUGAUCCAUUUUAUCUGCGCGUGGAUGUUAUACUUCCAUUGUGUGUGUGUCAGACACUCUAUAUAGAAUAGCAUAUAUACAUUAAUAGAAUAACGCAUAGAUCGUUAACAGGAUUAACGAAAUAUUGUAACGCAAAAAGUUACAGAAUAGGUCCGCGGUAUGGAUAACACGACAAGACGUACUGCCAGUAUCGUAUGUAUAUAUUAUCAUCGUCAGACUCUUUCACAUGUACACGUACACAUACAAACACACAUCCUCCUUUUGUCUCCACUCCCUUUUUUAACAUAUAACUAUUCUACAAUUACACAGAAAGUAUUACGCAUAAUUAUACGUUAAAUACCGUUUCUUAUGGCAAUUAUAGAGCACGCAACGCGAGCUCGUAAAGGUAGCGCUCGACGCGUUACUUCCAAGGCGGAUCCUCCAUGAUCCCGGAGGGGUGAGUCGUCACUUCGGCGACAUGUGUUUAGUGUUCUCCGUAUGAUAUUUCAAUGAGACUCCAUCCCUUUGACACAUGGCAUCUCUCAUGUGAAUCCAUCUAAGAACCGUAACCAGCAUUAUUGGCGAGUUAUCACUAACGUUCAGCAGUAAAAAUAACUCGGUGAGCGCUUAACCUCUUAGCUACUGUACGCCACUAUAGUGGCUUUCGCGUAUAUCAUCUUUCUGAAUGAUACGUCACUAUAGUGGCUCACUCUUAUUUCUAAUAAAUUAUAAUUUAUUCAUCUAAAACUGUAUUCGAAUGUACUUGCGUAGUAAAAAACAUUACCAGACACAAAUUGCAGUGCUGCAUUGUUUACGCGCAGUUCACGUCGAACUUUGCCGUACAGAGAUACAGCUCCGCGAAAAGUGCUGCCGUAGCUAAGAGGUUAAUAAUUAUUGUUCCUGAUUAAUACAUUUCCUAUCAAUCAAAUUCUAUCAAAGUUUUAAAAAAAGUACCCUAGUCGCAGAUAACAAUCAUUAAGCGUUCAUUGAGCUACUUUCUACGCUGAAUGUAACCAUCGUUAACCCAUUUGCAUCAUUAGUGACUUGAAAAAUAUACUCGUGAUACGAUAUUUCAUCAUGAUAUUUGCGACUACUUUCUACCAUACUCAGAAGUCUAAAAUAUCAAAAAAAUAUAUCCAUAUUACUGAAUCCUAAUACUAUAGAAAUAUUUUUAGAAUUGAUAGCAUUGCUUACAAACUGAUAUAAAUUAUUAUGUUGAGCUAGCCUCAACUGCAAGUGGAUAUAUUGGCUUCCGUGAUAAUGACCAGACGAAAUAACGGAUAUAUCCGUUUAUGAUGCAAAUGGAUUGAAGAUCAAAGUAAAUUUUUCGUGAUUACAAGAAAGACUUCGGAAGUAAUCGGAGAAGGAUGGUAUCGUCGACCAUUUUUAAUUAUUCGAUAUAAAUAUAUCUGGCCAUUUAGUGUAUAAUAAAGGAUUAAUUUUAUAAUUUACAACUA